AUGACAAGUCGGCGUUUCUUCAUCGGACCGAUUCCGGAGGGUUGGGUUCACGGCCACCGCAAGUCUUGGUAUCGAUCACGAUUACGUUUUAGGAACUACACAUCACAAACACUUUCCUUCUCUGUAGACCCUGUCGCAUCCCAUUAUAGUCAGCAACGUGAUUCUCACACCAGCGUCCAUACGUCUGAUUUGGAGCAAGAAGUUGCCCUGGCUCUCACCAACACCAACGAGGGGCCUGAAGAUCUCGAGACCGAACAAGAAUUUCCAGAAGAGCCUUCAGGAGAACUUCGAACACUAUCACAUCCCACAGAGGAGACGGAGGCUAUUGAAACAUCUUCCAAAGAAGAUUCAGACGAAACACCCCGGCCAGGAACAGCUACGAGUUCAGGCUGGCAUAACAGCACGAUUGGCGACGGAAAUGCAUCAUCAUCAUUUGUGACCGCCAGAGAAGACAUGAUUAGCACUGGAAAUUCAGUCCAAUCAACUUCCACGCUUCAGCCUUCGAAGUUGACUGCUGAACAGCGACCACAAUCGCAAGGCUCGCAGCAGUUGAACAUAACAGGACACGAUGGUGGGAGCCCAUUGAUCUCAAAUAUGUCUACAGUUCCAAGUGAGGCAGAUUCUACCACUCAUCUGAUUCGGGGAAAAUCAAAAAGCCAGCAAAAGCUAAAAAGCAAGGCUUCUGGCAUAUCUCAUCUUACGCUGGAGCCUCAUGAACCUCAGAAUGAAGAAGAUAUUAUUCAACAAGAGGAGUUGGGUCGCAAUGGGCACAUCCCGCGACGAUUAAAUCAGAAGAUUGCAAAGUUCAACCUGGAUGACAAUGUCAUGGACAAACAACAGAGGUUACGCGCAAAAAUAUCGAAAACACAAGAUACCAUUUCAGCGAACCGUCCGCGUCGGCGAAAAGUGCAAGAUGGGGACAUCGUCAAAGCCGAAAAGAUGCUCGUUCUUGUUGAAGAGACUAUGCAAGAGAGGCUGCCGCAUGAUUAUACUGAAAAUGACAGUCUUCGGAUGGAAACUCGGAAUGUGGAUAAAUGGCGAGAGUUCCUAGUUGUAUGCCGAAAAAGCUCAGCGGAGCACACACCUUUUGCUUUGCAAAUGUAUCGCACGCGUGUCAUCCCUGAUGCCCACAGUCCAAACAACAAGUCGGCUCCCUACUACGAGGUGCGAUUGAAUCACAGGAACACCCGAGUCAACCUGUAUUCUUCAUUGGAUAAGACCAUUGUGAUCUGGCAUCCUCGCAGACAUGGCACUAAAAUCUAUAUUAUCCGCCCAAAGUCGACUGCUCAUGCCGCUGAAUGGUACACGUUUAUUCGACAGGUGUUAGGAUGGCGACGCCCGACCAAGUUGCCGAUCAAUGUUCCUGACCUUGGGGUAUCGCUCAUUUUCAAGCAUCCCUUUGACCGACUUGAAACCCAAAAUAGAGUAAAGAACGAUGAUACUCGAGACACUACUAUAUUGAACCGGGCUAUAAUCGAUGAACAGUUUGCUGCCUCGGCCAUAAUUCGUGGCUGUAUGGAGAUGCUCGAAGGCCGCCCCGAGUGGUCUGAGGUGCUGAAAGUCUGGUCCAAGACGGAGAGGAUGGGUCUUGCCUGGAAGCGAUUUGAUCGCCUUGAAUGGGUAUACGGGUCCAACGAAGAGAAUAUGUAUGGAACAAUUGCCAUGCAGUCCUCUCAUGAGCUUGAGCUACGGCCCCGGCAUCAUUACCCGACCACUGUCAAACAUCCUGAUGCGAAGGAGGAAGAACCUCCACCAGUAGAGGGAUUUCUAAUUCGACUCACGUCACGGAAAGGCAUGCACCAGCGCAUGAACAGGAUGUUCUUUAAGCAGCUUUACUUUUUCACCCAGGAUCAUUUCCUGCUAUUUUGCAGGCCAGCAAAGGCGUACCCGCCCGCGCCGCCGAAGCUCACUCAUAUAGAUGAUGACUCGAAUAUCCCGUCCUCUCGCGAGAUCAUGGAAGAAAUGCCGACGUCCUGGGAUGUUGACCCGUAUCCAAUUGACAACGGAGAUAUUUCAUGGCUAUCCAGCGGAAAUCCCGAAUUCGUACAACGCCACGAUGAAGAGGCAUAUGCUCAGCUACAGAGGAAUGCACAUAACAUGGGCCAGGCGGAUGGCUAUAUCGACUUGUCUCGAGUACAAGAAGUACGCAAUCUUCAGCGCGGAAGUAGCCCUGCCGACCCUAAUAUCCAGGAAGGCCCUGCUGUGAAUUUUCAUACUGAUCCGCCAGACACUCGAGAAGAUGAUGGCGCAACCAAGCAGUUUGAUGACGACCGGACAUUUGAAAUGGACCUAGAUAAUGGGCUUGUGAUUCGGUUACAAGCAUAUGAUGUUGCCACUCGAAAUGAAUGGGUGAAGCGACUGGGUGCCCUGGUCAAAUACUGGAGAGCACGCAAUGCCGAUGAUGCAGCCGAGCUUCAGGCCAUGCGGCAGCGGAACCUCAAGAUAUUGGAUAUUGAUGAAGAAAUGGAAUCGAUAAUGGGCCAGUUUGCGAAGAAAUGGGAAGUGAAGAAGGCAGAAGCCUCUCCACACUUGCACAAUAUGUGCGCCCUAUCUGGCUGCCGCACAAUCAAGAUGUCUGGUCAACUAUAUCGCAAACCCCGCCGCCAUGCCACGUUCAGCCGGAGCCAUGUCAUUCUUACUGCCGGCAAACUGCUUGUUUUCAGCAGUACACUUCGCAACCGGAAUGGCGUUGAAAUUCCGCAUAUCCACCAAGACCACGACGCUACCAUUGACUUGCGCGACUGCUACAUCUACUCUGGACUCGUCACUGAAGCUGACCUGCUGUAUGCCAACCAGACAUUCGACAGUAAUAAUCCUGGUGUACACGCCCUCCCACGCGUCUACCUCUCAUCGGAUACAUUUACCAGCCGUGAUGAAGACACGGCUAUUACAUUCGUUAUUUGGCAGCCUCUGAAGAAAAGUUUUUUCCGUGCACAGGAACAUGGUGCUAAAGGAAAAGCCAAGCGGACCUUGCGACAUGUCUCAACGCUGGGAAAACAUGGUCGAACGAUCGUUUUUAAAGCUCGCAGCAGAGUUGAGAAGGAUCGUUGGGUUAUGAGCAUUUCCUCAGAAAUUGAUCGCCUGCAGGAAGAGAAGCCGGAGGAUAUUCGGAUUGUCUCGUUAUAA